GUGUAGGAGGGCAGCUCUCCGUGCGUAAUGAAAUACAGGAGAGUCGUGUCGCUAUAAGGACGAGAGAUCGUCGGCAACCAGCUCGAAGAGCUCCAGAUUGACGGACAAGGAUGGCCCGAACAUCGCUGGAAUGUGCAAACUCUUUACCGGGGAUCCCCCUCAGUGUUCUCUCAGUGCCCAUGGAGAAUAAAUACAAAUGUCAGCAGUGUCUCCAGGUCCUGAGGAAGCCCGUUCAGGCUCAGUGCGGUCAUCGCUUCUGUGUACACUGCUUCAAGCAACUCACCAGUUCGGGGCCAAAGCCUUGUGAAGCCUGCCGCCAGGAAGAAAUAUAUGAGGAGCCUAUAUCCAUUCUUAAUGGAAAAGAAGCAUUUCCAGACAAUGCAGCAGGUCGAGAAAUUGCAAGUUUGCCAGCCAGGUGUUUGAACCAAGGCUGCAACUGGACAGGCUCUAUAAAAGAGUAUGAGGCUCAGCAUGAAGGCCAAUGUGACUUGGAGCGAGUUCAGUGUGAGGCCUGCAAAACCUCGAUCCUGCUCUCAGACCAGCCCCGCCACAAUGAGAGAGAAUGUGAGGCAAGGACACUCAACUGCAAAUACUGCAAAAUGACAUUCAACUUUAAAGAAAUCAAGGCCCAUGAUGAAAUCUGCCUGAAGUUUCCAUUACAAUGCAAAGACUGUGGCAAGAAGAAGAUCCCAAGAGAAAAGUUCAAUGAUCACAGCAGAACCUGCGCCAAGUCAAAGAGUGCCUGUCCAUUCAGUGAAGUGGGCUGCAAAUUUGUGGUGGAGAACGGGAAGCUCAGUGAACAUGAGCACAGCAGCACCAUGGAGCACUUGCGUCUGCUGCUGCCCAUGGUGAUGUCAGUGGGUCGGGUACGUGCAGAGGCUACAGGUCCCGGUGAGUGGCAGGAGGACUCUGGUCUGGGCCUGUACAGGGCUCCUGAGGAGGGAGUCAGUAUGGAUGCUGGAGCUGCAGCCUUCACACCGUCCGUGGACCUGGAAAAAAAGGUGAACGCUUUACAAAACAUUGUGUGUGUCUUGAACCGUGAAGUGGAGCGCAGCACUGUUACAUUGGAAGCUUUCUCGCAUCAACAUCGCUUAGACCAAGAAAAGAUUGAAGAUCUGUCAAACAAAGUACGACAGCUGGAGAGGACGCUGAAUAUAAGAGACUUGCAGCUGUCGGAGACCGAACAUCUGCUGCGAGAACUCCAGUUCUGCACCUACGACGGGAUAUUUGUUUGGAAAGUCUCUGACUUCUCACGCCGCAGACAGGAUGCGGUGGCUGGGCGGACUCCUGCAAUGUUCUCACCUGCAUUUUACUCCAGCAAGUACGGCUACAAAAUGUGUCUGAGGCUGUAUUUGAAUGGCGAUGGAACAGGACGUGGGACGCACCUUUCACUGUUCUUUGUGGUCAUGAGGGGCAGGUAUGACGCUCUGCUGAAAUGGCCAUUCAGUCAGAAGGUGACUCUAAUGCUCUUGGAUCAGAAUAACAGGGAGCACAUUAUCGACGCUUUCCGUCCUGAUGUCACCUCCACAUCCUUCCAGCGGCCGAUCAGUGAGAUGAACAUCGCCAGUGGCUGCCCGUUGUUCUGCCCACUGGCUAAAUUGGCCGGCAAGAGCCCCUAUCUGAGAGAUGACACAAUUUUCAUCAAAGCUAUUGUCGACCUCACAGGCUUAUAGAAUGCAGACUGUGGAAGCUGCACUAAAGUUUCAUGAAGAAAUCUCUAAUAAAUUAUAAUGGAAAUAAUAAUAUUUCAUAGCAAUAUGCAUUAUACUAUAUUAAAUAUGUGAUCAUAACAUUAUAUGAAUUAAAGAUUCAUAUAUAUAUAUAUAUAGAAUCAUAUAAUUAAUGAAAGAAAGGAAGUCACAUUAUGAUUGUGACUGAAUAUAUAUAAAUGAAUUCUGUUAGUGUGUAAAGCUGUCAUCAGGUUCAAGAAGAACAACAGUAAAGCUCUGGGCUUAAGUAACUAACAGAUGCUGAGUUCUAUAGUUCUGUAAUAAUACAAACGAAUAGGCUCUAAUUAAAUCUGGUAAAAAAAUAUUAUUUUAUACAUAUAUAUAUAUGCUGUGGGGAAUUCUCUCACUGCAUUUAAAUGAUACAAGUGUUUUUUGGAAUACUGUUUAAAUUCUGCGACUUUGGCCUGUUGUGUACCGUAAAUGGAGCAAGCCUCUAUUCAUCACGUGUGGGUAACGUUUCAAUAAUCACUCACCAUCUUUAGUCUCCUAGUUCAACACUGAAUAUAACCGAUACUUAUAUUACAGAUUUUUUGCCUUAUGAGUAGCUGCUGGUUCAUUAAACUUAACAAAGUAACUCUAACGCAAACAGUUAUCCCUCAAAUAUAUUCCAAGGAAAUUAAAGAAAUAAACUAGAAUGGCACUCAGAGCACAUACAUCAGCCAAAAUGUAUUUUACAGGAGCUGAAAAAACCUACCCUCCUUUGAAACUAUAAUUAAACUACAAAUGGAUUUUAUUUGAAUCUGUGCCAAAUUGGGGUCCCCUCAAUUUUUUUGCAUCAUGAAUCAUUCACUGAAAAAAUCAGGGAAACAGUCAGAAGAAACACCAUCUUGCGAUGUUAAAGAAAGUGGAAAAUAAUCCUGGAUCCGCCACAAAAUUAAUUUCUUUGUUGGUCCAUGUUCCAACCUUCUACCAGGUUUCGUAGAAAACCUGGAUUGUAAUCUUUAGUAAAUAGCAGUUUACAAAUUUAUUAACCAUACAUCUUAAUCACUCAUAGUGAUGAUAUAUUUAGAUAAUAUUCACUAGUAUAUUCUAAACUAUAUGAGUUUGCCAUGUCCCAUUUCUGUUUUGGUGUAUUUCUGGUUAUACAAUUAUAAUAUGUACAUUUAUUAUCUGACAUCUUGUGUAAGGAAAUUAUUUAUAACAACAAAUUUAAUUGUGUGUGCAUGGUAUAGAUUAAAAUGAGUUCUAUGGCUUUAAAAAAUGUCUUUUUACUCUUUCAUGACACUUCAUAGUUCAAGCAGACUGAUGAAACUCAUUCUGACACGCAGCCUCACUCAACUCACACAUCGUGUACUCCUGUGGUUCAUCGUAUACCACCAGCCAGAAUAAACUGUUAUGGGGUUAGGUACAAAUAAGAACUGGGGGUCUCUUUUUAUUGCCAUUAACCCUGCUGAUAAAUUUCCCCUGUGGUCCACCGUGGUUCUAUGAGCAGACCACUUUCAGGUCUCUUUUGCCUCUGACACGGAAACAGACUCAUGUUUCUAUAUCAAGAUGUUAAUGGAAAUAAUAACCACACACCAAGUGUCACAAAAAUGUAGUUAGCCUGUGUUGACCCACUUCAUGCUGUGUUUGCUUUGGGUUGCUGUUUACAUGAAUGUGGACAUGAUGUACAGUUUUUUUGUUUCACGUUGUUACUGCAGAGAAAAUGCAAACU